GAGUGGGGAUCCAAGAUGGCGGAUGCGCGUCUUUCUUGUUCUGAACGACGCUUUAUCGUCAGUGGGGUACAGGAAGAUUUUAGAUCAGAUGGACGGGCUUGUGAGGAUUACAGAUACUUUGAAGUAGAGACUGGGAUCGUUUCAAAUACUAGUGGAUCUGCACGUGUUAAAUUGUCCAAAACAGAUAUCUUAGUUGGAGUGAAAGCAGAGAUAGGUGAGCCUAAUCUAAAAAGACCUAAGGAAGGAAGGGUUGAGUUCUUUGUUGACUGUUCAUCAAAUGCCUCUCCAGAGUUUAAUGGCAGAGGAGGUGAAGAUCUUGCAGCUGAUCUGUCUAGAGCAAUGGAAAGAUCUUUCAAUAACAGAUCAGCUAUAGACUUGCCGUCAUUAUCCAUUAUACCAGGACAACAAUGCUGGGUUAUAUACAUAGAUGCUUUGGUAUUAGAAUGUGGUAGUGGUAAUUUAUAUGAUAUCCUUUCAAUUGCCAUCAAAGCUGCUUUACACAACACAAGUAUCCCAAAUGUCACAGUAACAACAGAUGGAGGAGAUGUUGAACUAGAAAUAUCUGAUGAUCCUCACGACUGUAAACGUUUGAAUGUAGAUAAUACUCCCAUUAUUAUUACUCUUUCUAAGAUUGGUUUACGGCAUGUAGUUGAUGCCAGUAUGGAAGAGGAGGCUUGUAGUGACUGUCAUCUUUUAGUGUCUGUCAAUGGUUCUGGUAACAUUUGUAGUCAACAGAAGAUAGGUGCUGGAGGAAUGGACCCUCAGACAAUAUUAGAAAUGUUAGAUAGUGCAAGAAAUGUUGGAAAAACAAUAAACAAGAAAUUACUAGAAGUACUGGAAGAAGAAACGUCAUCAAUAAAAAGAAAUAAAGUCGGUUUUCUUAACUAAGUGACCUAAUAAAAAUAUUACGAACUUUUCA